UGCUUUUGUGGUGUGAGGAUAAUAUUUGGAUGAUGGCGACGAUCCACGCCGCAGAGUUCCUGGCAACAUUCCUCAAAUGUCUUCAGCCGUCGUCGCCGUCGUCGCGUGUCACCAUCGCCGUUGCCAACUCUGGCGGACCGGACUCGACGUGUCUGCUCUUCCUGCUGUCGCGUCUCAGACCACCCGUCUCCGUCGUCUCCCUCCAUGUCAACCACGGACUCCAGCCAGCGUCUGCUGACAUGGCAGACAGAGCCGCUGCAAAUGCUGCUUCAAUGGGGAUACCCCAUCGCACUCUCCACAUCCCAUGGGGGCGGGCCCCAUUCCCCAAUAGACCUGUCCCAAGCACUCCGUUCGAGAACAUCGCCCGUCAAGCCCGCUACAAUGUCCUUUUUCGCGGCAUGACUUACUCCGGCGCAUCCAUCCUUGCACUCGGUCAUCACGCCGACGAUCAAGUCGAAACGUCUCUCAUGCGUCUCGCUAGAGGAUCCACUCUCGUCGGCGCUGCGGGCAUGCGUCGUCGCCGAAGAUGGGGCAUGGGCCAGGGAAACUCAACUGAUGACCUAGCCUGGGUCGGCCAUCCGGGCAUGAGUCGUUUCAUCAUCAGACCACUCCUAGACUUCCCAAAGGACAGAAUCCUGGCGACAUGCGAUGCUCACGCGUUAAAUUAUGUUAACGACCCUACAAAUCUACAUCCAGAAACCACUCUUCGAAAUGCCGUGCGCCAGAGGUUGGCGUCCCCCGCGCUCAGAACGACGGAACCCCCUCCGCUCCAACAAGAUACGUCAGAGUCACUCAAGCAAAUCAAGAGAGCGUCUACCUUUCUCCAGUCCAUCGCUACAGAUGUCACAGAUACGAGAGAACGCCUACGCUGCGCAACUAGCCUUCUUGCAGAGAGAGCGGAACAACUCGAUAGUCAAGUCACCGAGCAAUUGCAAAAUUGCACCCUGCCUUCUCCACCGAGCACGCUCCUUCUCUCAUCACCCAAGCUUCUUGCCGUCGACGGUCCAGCGGUCCGCUUUGCCAUGGUGCUGCGUGUGAUGCGAUAUGUCUCAUUUCACCCUUGGGGUUCUACUCGCGCUGAUGGCGACCGGCGUCGGGCCGGUAUACAUCGCAUAAUGAACCACCUAUGGCCCGCAGAGCCUUCGGUCGUUUCUCUCGAAAGGUUUACCGCUGGUGCGGGCGUACUUUGGACUCCAGUCCUAUACUCCCACAAUAAAGGUCUUAAAAUUCGCUCCGAGUCACUGAGUCACUUGGAACAACCUUGCGGUGGCCAGUCUGCUUGGCUGGCUUCACGGUUGCCUCCCUUUCUCAAGAAUCCACAAGAAGGCGCCGGCUCUGCAUCUCGGCUGUCCGUUGACCUGACCGAACAAUUCAUUCUUGCUCUUGCCACGUCGAGAGAUGUCCUUCAAGUCUUGUAUGAUUGUCGCUUUCUAGUCAGAUUCGAUCUCACCCAGAUCCCGAAGCACGUGAGAGAUGCCUUAAACAACGCUCAGGACCAGCCGAUAUCCAUCAAGAUCUUGCCACAGACUGAUUACUUUUGGCCCAAGGUCGUACUACGGAAAGGCUCAGAUCCGGUCCUGGUUCUUGCUGUGUUGGAUGAAAAGGGAGGGACCGAUACUUUGGGCUCUCGGCCUUGGAUAUCGAUGGAGUGGGUGCGGUUGCUAGACGCCACCUAGGGCAGACGGCGUGUGUUAGAAUGCGGGUCUAGGAACGGGUCCAAUGGCCACAUGAUAGAAAGGGGUAGACUGCAUGCCACAUCAUGUUGACACAGGAUGUAGGCUGAUGUAGGGCGCUGGGUGAUCGCCUGGUGCCUACCACGAGGGUGGUCUGCACUGAUCUGUGAGCAAAGCGUCGUAGUAGCAUUCAAAUCCGGUCACCCAGACCCAUGGUGAUCUCUGCAGAACCUGAAGCUGAUUGCGUCGUGAUUGUUUGAUAAUCUUAACCUCAGCUAGAUACCCCUAUUGUCUCACGAAAUCCAAUAUGGUUUGAACUGGUGGUAGCC